CUAAGUAAAAUCAUUACAGUUCCACAGCUCGAGCAGUUAACAACGUUUCGUCUACUAAAUUUUAUAUAAAAAAUUAUUCAUGGAAAUAGUACAAAAUUCUAAAAGUCAUUUCAAAGUUUCGGUCCUUUUAUCCUCCAAUCCUGAAGUUUGUGUUUCAGGUUAACUCAUGGAUCUACACAAAGCUGAAAAACAACACCUUCCCAUUGAAGUCCCAGCUCCAGCUUCCCGGGAAAGGUCAGUGGAACGACUCAAACACUUGGUGCAGGAUCUUCUCUGUUUUCUCGUGCUGUUUAUGAUUGCGCUGCUCGUUGUGUCUGCCGUGUUCUUUGUAAUAGAUGACUGGAGGCAUCUGCAGCAAGCCAGCCACAGGCGGCGUUCGGCCCUCAAAGUGCAGUCCCCAAAUGCCUUUGUGGCUAGUUCAAAGUCCGAGUCGAUAGAUUCCUUGCAGCUAGAUGAACAAAUCCGACAAAUUGUGCCACAAUGGGGACGUGCAUUAUUCCAUUGUUAUCGUGUGGGUAAAUCGCGUGGGCCCAGCGAUUUAUCCACUGAGCAGCCAAUGGAAAGGGUAUUGAAUGCCACCGUUAUGAAGAACUCUACAGAAGAAACUACCACCAAGCAAGGAGAAUUGGAAAAAAUGAACGAAGUGACAAACACAAGAAAAGAUAAAGAUAAAUUAUACAACUUUUUGGACUACAUUAAUCGGGCAACCUAAAUUGAUCAAUUGGGGUAAAUUCCCAAUUUUUAAUUAUGCUCGUUUUAUUUGCGUGUGUUUCAUUCCGAAGUAUUGGGUCCCUAGUCCAAUAAUUUCGCUACUUGAUGUACAAUUGCCACUGGGCUCUGCCUUUUUUCAAUGAAAAAUGUGUCGUUGUCCCGGGUUUACCAAUCCGAAUUCAGCCGUGGAAAUCGUGACAACUGCUUUUUUGAUCCUUCGAACUCUGGAAUGUUUCCCCAACAUUCUGUAUGGCCAUCAAGAAUCCCUUAAUAUACGACGCCCUAAAACGAGUAAAAAAAAACACAAAAAUGUAAAAAAAACAUAUAAUUUACACACUUAUACCUAUAUUGGCUGCUGAUAGCGUUUGCAGUUGAAAGGGGACUGGUACCAGCAGCAGUCAAUAUAUUUAGAAUUACACUUUAUAAUUUCAGAUAUGAAAUUCACACUAAGCAGCUUAAAUACAGACACAAGGCUACAAUUAAAUACAACAAAAACAAUGAAAA